GGAACACAACGCAAAUACAAGACUGUGCUAAUUCAAAAAUCUCAGAGUAAAACCCUGGCAAGAUAAAGUUUGUGGUAUGUAAACCUUCUGGUGGUAUUCACAGAGUGAUCAGCACCAUGUUCACUGCCACUCCAGUGGAAGGAGCUCAUGAUGGAACUUGUCAGAUUUGUGACAAAGACAAUACAAGGCCAGAAUCCAAGGCUAAGAAAAAGACCCACCCUCCUGAAGUGACUUUGCCGCCUCUGUGCCCCAAGUCACCAGCCUUUUCAGCAAGGCAUCUGUUCAGUCAUUCACCUAUCCUCCAAAGUGUACCCUCUGACAGACCUUUAUCAGUGGUGGAACUUCCUCGUCUUAUGUCCCAAGUAGGACCCAAGAUAGACAUAGAUGAGACAAAAUGGACGGAAGGACCUCGAUUAAUGGCCUCAGCAUUAGGAACCGACAUCCCUAUCAGAACUGUUGAGGAGAUGACAGCACAAAGUCUUACAAAGAAAGAUGAAUCCAUAAAAGUCACAACAUACAAGGGUAAAAAGAUAAGGACUGCAAAAGAUGGGAAAGUGAGCUGUCCAACUAAGUUUCCACUCACUGUAACAGAGGUCAUUCAAAUAUUUGCCCAGAAAAGAGACCCGACAGAGCAGCAGUUUUAUUACCUGAAAGAAGUGGAUCGGGACUCUUACAGGCCUUAUGAGCUACAAGUAGUCCAUUCCAGUAAGGCUGGUCCUGAACACUACGUCUUCUCCCCUAAUUAUGUACUACAUGUCACAGAGAGGGGCUAUGGUGGACUUGUUAGUCUGGCUGAGUGGUACAGAGAGUCUGUGCUGUGGGCAGCUUUGCAGGAAAUCUCAUUUUUCAGGGACUUCAGACUGCGAAAAGCUUUCGAUUGGUGGAAAAGAAAUGUGCGCAAGAUCGUUUUUCAGCGCAGAUGUGGGGUUCUGCAAGAUAUGCUGCUAACAGUUGUACCUCAGUUCAGAUGUGCUCUUCAUCGGCUCACCAGACUAAUUGAAGAUGUGAAGGAGACGCACCAACUGCCCCAGGAGGAGUCUAAAAUCUACACGUUGCUGGAAUUCAAGAAUGCACUGAUAACCAAGAAUCAAGAGUGUCUGCAGAUCCUUCGGAAAUUAUCACAGCUUCGCACGGUCAUCCUAAAUGUGGUGAAAGAAAUCAGUUACAAGGCACACCAGGAGCUGCAGUUGCACUUGGAAUAUGCAAAAAAGCCGAAUAAUUGCUAUGAAUCCAUUCACCUCCAUGUGCUUCACCAGCAGGAGCUGAAGAGAGAGUUGGCGAGGUCUGAAAGCACCUUGCAGAAAUUAGGCAACUUUGCUUAUCUCGUCGAUCAAAUGAUUGUGCAGAGUCUCAUCACGUUCAUCAAACAAGAUGUCAUUUCUUUUCUCAACAAUGUUUUGAAGAGGAAGAAAUCUCAACAGUGCUGUCUCUUCGAUACUGAGCUGUGUUUCGGCGCCAACUCUCAGCUGUCUGUGGACCCACCUAUACAUUUGUUCCAAGAGACAGUGAGUGAAGCACUCCAGACUGUUGGUGACUCCUUAAUCCAGAUGUGUGACACUUGUGGAUUCUUCCUAGAGAUCAACAACAAUGUGUUGAGCUCUGAGUUUGCUCAGGAUUUAACUUCUGACCUCAGUUGUAUCAAACAUCCAUUGAUUACAGGGAAGCGUAAGAACAGUGAUAAAAUGACUGGCAGCAGAAAGUUUUGCUGCUGGCAAUUGCUCAGAGACUUGUCAGCUAACUGCCUGGUGCUGCCGAAGCAAACCGCACUGAUGGCGCAGGGCAACAUGGUGCAUGACUGCUACUGUCCUCUCUCCAAGACACAGCUGGAGUGGCAGAUCAGCAUCAAUGACAUUACAAAACAAGCUGACAAUGAGCAGGCUGCUAGCAUGCAGGAAGCUGAGCUAGAAAACCAGCAGCUAUGUGAGAACUACUCAUGGUUGGUAGACAUCAGUUUGUUCAUUAGUGAAUGGAGUAUAACCUCUUUGGAGUCCACGAGGGGUCAGCCUGCUUUAUUAUAUGAGGAACACAUUAAGAAGGUGCACCACUGGGUUGAAAGAGUCAACACAGUUCCUUCAUCAGUCUCUACAUCCAACCGACUGUUCAUCAUCCACUGCACACACAUUAAGGAAGCUCUUGUGCGACAGCUGAGGGUCAUUGAGGAGGAAGUGCUAGAGCAGCUAGUUGAUCAGAUAAAGCAGCACUCAGAGAGCCUCAUAACAGAUUUGGAGAAGGCUACUACUGAGCUCAAGACAGAGCCGCAGGAUUUAUGUGACCUCUCAAAAUACGCUCUUACGGUGAGGGAAUCUAUGAAAAUGUUGGCUGAUAUGCAGAAACAGUUGGAGUACAUUCACUCCCUCCAGAACACAAUUUGUAUAAACUAUAGGAAAAUGACUGAGCAGGAGUUGGCUUUGGAAGAAAAGAUGCUGGGCUUGUGGGAUUGUUUUAUUCCCCUCUUGAAGAAAGCAGACAGCAUCGUUUGCCACCGUCUUCCUUCAGCAGCUAAUGCAUUGGACACAAUGUUCUCGUUUUUGAUGUGUGACCUUAAAAAUAUGGUCUCUAAAGCUCUAUCAGGACCCUUCCUUGACCCAACGCAGAAUGCUAAAGAGAUGGUCUCCAAACUGAACACUAUAUAUGCACAUGUGCACAGCCUAUGUGAAAAACUGGAACAGCUUAGUAGGAACAGUCAAAACCUACAGGAACGUACCAUGGAUUUGACCAUUAUGGAAACAAAUUUUCAGAAAGUCAAAACUCAGAGAAAGUUGUGGGAACUGGUUGCUGAGUACACAGCGUGGAUGGAAGAAUGGAAACAGCUGUUUUUCAGUGAGGCUGUGGUGUCACAAGCUCAGGGGAAAAUUGCUGAGUGGAAAGAGAAAGUUCUGUCUCUAACAAGCAUCAUACCAACCAGUGAUGCAGUGCUGCAAGACACUGGGGGAAUGCUGGAAAGCUUAAGCUGUCAGCUUGCAGUCAUGGCCAAGCUACACAGUCCCACGCUCAGACAUAAACACCGGAGAGCUAUUUUUGAAGGCAUGGGCCUACUGCAUGCGGCAGAGAAGAAAGUGACUGUCGCUGAACUGAUGUCUCAACAACUUGAAGAUCACCAGAAAUUAAUUACAAAGAUAUGCAUGAAUGCACAAGCAGAGCAUAACAUGGAGCAAACCUUCCACAAGCUUCAACAGGGAUGGAAAGACAGACUGCUCCAGCUGGAUAAAUUCACUCUCCCUGUUUGGCAGCACUGUAAGUCACAACAUGGAUUAACAGACACUGAGAAGCAACCUACCUGUCAACCCACAUGUAAUGAUGCAAGAUUCAUCAUCAUCGGUUUGGAAAUACAUUUAGCUGAGAUAGAGAAUGAUUUGAUGACUCUGUCCACCAUGUUGAAGUCUCCACACAGUGUUGAGGUCAGGCUGCAGAUGGAAGAAUGGGUGCAAUCAUUGCAAGAGCUUGAGCAGCUGCUUGAUUUAUUUGAAAGAUACCAGCAAAUAUGGGCCUUCCUGAUGAAGAUGUUUAAUGAAACAUUCCUGAGUCUUCAAAAAGUGGAUCUGAUGGGGAAGUUGCAGCCAGUUGAUGAGACAUUUAAGGAAAUUAUGAAUUCUGUAUCAACUGACCCUCAUGUGUUAAACUUUGUUAACUCCAAGAAGACAGAUGACAAAUUUCAUGGCAAUAGUCUUUGCCAGAUUCUAAUUGAUGGCCUGUCUACAAUGGAAGCUAUUUCCAACCAGGUAAUGGAUCUUCUGGAUUCCCUGUGUGAACAGUUUCCAAGACUCUGGUUCUUGAGCAGCAGGGAAGUGAUAGAACUUCUUUCCUUUCAUCCAACACCUUUCACACUACAACCCUUUGUACGGAAAUGCUUUAAAGGUAUUCACCGGCUUGAACUGGAUGGUGAAAUACCAUCUGAUGCAAGAGAUGUAAAGAGAAUUGAGGCUACAUCUGAAGACCACAGACAGAUGAAGGUACUGGGUUUUUUCGGGAGCUUCAAUGAACACAUUACCUUUCUGUCUCCUUUAGAACCAAAUGUCAGUGCCUUGGGUUGGCUUUGUGUCCUUGAGAAACAAUUGAAGUUGACUAUGGUGCAUCUUAUGAAACAAUGUGCUGCUGUGCGAAACCAGCUUGAACCAUUCAGUCAAGAUCUGGUACAUGAUAAAGAGGUUGGAGACAUCCUGCACCACAUUGCUUGUAGAAGUGAAAAUGCACAAGCUGUGCUGGAUCUGCUGUCUGAAUAUCCUCUCCAGUGUCUGCUGGUGGCUGAGGAGGCAUUGUGGUGCAAUGUCAUUCAACAAGCUUUUGAAGAAUCAAGCCCAGUGAAGUCAAGCAACCUAAAGGCAUACAACUCUGCAAAACUGAAAAACCUUGGCUGUUUCAUAAGGGAUGGAGUCACAGGGACCAGAAGUGAAUCUCUGGUUUCAAAGUACAUGAUGAUGUGUCUGCGUGCUUUAGUGCAACUUACAAUGAAUCAUGCACAGCAGCUAUCUCAACUCAUGGAGGCUCAAUGUGUGUUGGAGUCGUCUUUUGAGUGGCUUCGUUUGAUGAAGUAUCAUAUAAUCUCAGAGGAUCAGAGUCUGAAGGGCAGUGAUAAUCCAACCUGUUAUGUGGAUGUUUUGGCCCAUCACCUCCAAUAUGGGUAUGAGUAUUUUGGUCCAGAAGAUUGGAUGGUGCAUACUCCUUCCACAGAUCGGGCAAUACUGGGGAUUCUCCUUGCUCUUACAAGCUACAGAUGUGGGUUUGUGAAUGGACCUUGCAUGUCAGGAAAGAAAAAGACUGCCGUCCAGUUAGGAAGAGCACUGGGGCAACAGGUCGUCAUUGUGCAGUGUUGUCCAAGCAUGAGGUUCAGUGUUGUUCAAAAGAUGCUGUUUGGUGCUCUGCAGACUGGAGCUUUGCUUCUGCUUGAUUCUGUGGACUUGCUAACACAAGGAGUCCUUUCAUCACUAGGACAGCAUCUAGUAGACAUUCACCAGGCCUUGUCUAAGUUAACACAAAAUAAUAAUCAAAAGGUGAAAGGCAAGACAAAGGACAGGACUUUGGAUGGGGUCACAGGUUGCACAAACAUUGAUGAUCCAGAAUGCCAUCUGGUACUUGGAGGGAAAAGCAUUUCUGCUAAUCUCAACUAUGGAUGUGUUUUCAUCCCAUCAAAGGGUUAUACAGAGGUUCCAGAUAGUCUGCGGUCUGCAACAAGGCCUGUUGGAUUAGCUAAUCUGGAUUACAGGAUCAUUGCGGAAGUAAUGCUUACUUCCAUUGGUUUCUCAGAGGCCAUGUCUUUAAGUCAACGUCUGGUGUCCCUCAUCAACCUGGCCAAGGAUUCCCUCUGUCUGCCUGAGUUUGUCACUAAUGACCAAAGCUGCCUUCUUAUUAUCUUGCAAAAGAUCAUCUCUGCCUCUGAAAUUCACUUAAAGCAAAGUGUAAGGCAACAAAAGAUUUCUGCUGAGGCUAAAGGUUUGGCUGCAGAACAACCUGACUCGGCGUCUUCACCAAAUGAGUCUGCCAGAGUUACUGAGAAGGAUAGAAAAGAAAAUGAAAAACUUUUCAGAUUGCACAGUUCUCAUUUGUCAAUUAUACAGGGAAUAGUGGAGGAGACAGCCAUUGUUAAAGCAAUUCUUUCUGUAUUAUUACCUCUUUUUUAUGAGCACAAGAACGCCUCACAGUUCUACAUGAUUUUCAAGGACGCAUUCCCUAUAGUAUGCCAGCUUCCUCUUCCUCAACAGUAUAUUGAGGAAGAAGAAAAGAACCAACUUAAAGAUGCAGUCACAGAAGAAUUACAAAGGAGAGGGUUUCACUCUAACACUGAAAUACUUUUGGGUGCUCUUACACUUUACCAGACACUGAAAUCUUCUCAGGCAGUUCUGCUUAUUGGCCCCUCAGGCAGUGGAAAGACAACCUGUUACUGUGCUUUAGCUGGGGCACUCAGUAGUCUGGCUGCCAAGUCUGUGGAAUAUGUAUUUGAAAAUGGCAAUAUGAAUAAUGCAGAUGCCCCACAGGCAGAUCCACAGAUUUCUGCUUCAAACUGGAGCUCUGUUCACACUGUGGUCAUAUUUCCUAAUGCCAUGUCCCAUGAAGAGGUAUUUGGGUGCUUCCGUGAAAAGACAGGAUGGCAAGAUGGAGCUGUUACAAGGGUGCUGAGAGAUUCAGAACGAUAUGAACGCACAAGUUCUAAACUCUGCUACAAUAAUAAGAAAAGUGGUCAGACCACAAUAGUAAAAUGGCUAGUAAUGGAUGGGGAGCCUGUGGGGCAGCCGGGCUGGUUAGAUUACUUAAUCACACUGUGCGAUCCUGAGGACCCAUUUCUGUUCCUGUCAACUGGUGAAACACUUGUGCCAUCACACUUGCACCUUAAGCUACUUAUGGAGGUCACAGACCUAAGCAAUGCCAGCCCCUCUGCAGUGACCCGCUGUAGCCUUGUUCAUUUCACAGGAACUGAUUUGUGGAAGGCUGUUUGGAAGAGUGAAAUGGAUGCUCUCUAUUGUGAGCAUAGACUAGAUCACGGGACCUUCGAAAUGUGGAAUCGAAUGGCUGAAGAUCUUUUCUCCAGCACCCUUAGUUUGCUUGGACAGAAGGGUUUAACCUCUGCAGUCCAUUGUAAAGGAGAUGAUUGUAAAAGCCCCAUGAAUGGGAUGCAAGAAAUCCUGUCAUUUCUUCGAAUACUGCGUGCCCUCCUUCAGCAUUUUGGAAAGGAAGUAGGAAAAGCUGAGGGAAUACCACAAAUACACAACCAAGAUAUACCUUUGCAUGGAACUGACACAGCAGGCACAGAUGCCCAAAGUAAACAAGAGCUAUUUGCCAGAAAUCUUUUUCUGAUGGCUUAUAUCUGGGGAUUUGGUGGACAUCUGCAUCCUUGCCAUUGGCCACAGUUCAACUUGCUGGUCCGCGAAGCGCUGUUUACUUGCCGGUACAAAAUUGUGGUUCCUGAUAAAGAGAGUGUGUUUGAACACUUUUUUAGCAUCGACAGUAAGAUGUUCCCCAAGAACACAUUGUUGACAAAUGAUGUCACUCCCAAGUAUGGGAGACACGCCUUUCUCCUGAACCUCAUGUUGGAGGCAAACCAGCCAGUGAUGCUUGUAGGAGAGCCUGGUUCUGGAAAAACCAGCCUGUGCCAAGCUUUGCUGAGUUUUGACAAGUGGAGAGAGAGGCACAUUAGCCUAGCAGCUAGUCCACUCCUAAGUUCCAAAGAUCUGUGUGCUGUACUAAAUAACAUCAGCUGCCAGAGGUACUGUAAAGAUACUGUGGGUGCUCCAGCCAAACAACAGAGACUGCUCCUGUUUGUGGAUGAUUUGCACGAAGCCCCCUGUGAUGUCUUUGGGAAGGCGUCUACGGCUCUAGAGUUGCUACGACAGAGUAUUUCAAAGGGAGAGAUUCUAACAUUUAAUACCUACUGCCUCAAGUUAUUGAGUUCUGGAACCAUCGGCUACUUGGCUACCUAUUGUCUUUCUGGAUUAGGCAGUCAUGACAGUAAUGUGAUAUCCUCCCGCCUCUCACGCCUGUUCUCCAUCUUUGUGCUCCCUAGCCUAUCUGUGGAUGUGGUGUUGUCUAUUCAUUCUCCUAGGCUACAAAUCUGGCUCAAAGAAAUGCCAUUUAAGCAGAGUGCUGAAGAUAUGGCAUGUUGUAUUGUCACUGCAACCAAAAAUCUGUAUCAUGCAGUGUGUGAACAAUUCCAGCCUACCAUGCAGAGGCCCCAUUAUAUGUUCUCCCACUGUGACCUACAGAAGGUCUUUCAGGGGAUGUACCUGUGGCAGCCUAACAUGCCAAACACAGGGGCAAUGCAGGAAAAUGACUAUGCACUUCCAGGGUAUCCUCCAGCUCUGCCAGUGCCUGCAGCAUUGGUUCUUUACAUAGUACAUCUUUGGAUGCAUGAAUGCAUGCGUACUUUCAGUGACAGAUUAUGCUCAGAGGGUGAAAGCAAAACUCUUGUGUCACUCAUAGCCAAUGCAGCAACAACAUACUAUGGAACUAAAUUGGUUAAUGAGCCUCACUCUGACAGUGCAGACGCUACACCUGCUGUCACAAGCCUUGCUAUUCAAACACUUCCCAUGGAUGCGGCAGGAACCUCUAAGCAAAUUGGUCAGAGUCCAGAUACAAAAAGUCUUUCACAAGAGCCAAAACCAUUUGGCCAGUCAGACCAGAGCCAAGAAUAUACAUUGACUGAACCUUCCUCUCUGUUGGAAAAUAGUCGAUCAGAAGAGGCAAGCCUAAAAACGCUCACACUGCAGCACCAGGCACUUCAGCAUAUGGAGGACAUAAUGGUCCGACUUGUAUUUGGUCCUGAACUUUUGAAUUCGGUGGAUCAUCAGGGCAUUUUCAAAUUUAGCUCUUACUACAAGGAGCAAGACUUUGAUACACUGCUUCAAAAACUCUCUGCUCUCAUGGACAGAACAGAAGAUGAUGCAAGACAUGAAGUUAAUAAUUACUACAACAUUACAUCAAGAUACAUUGUACACAGACAGAGAAUGAGGCAGCUGUUACAUAUCCUCAGGGCUUUGCUCAUACCUGGAGGUCAUGGAGUACUGAUUGGUGCAGCCAAAGGCACAGGUCGUAAGGCCACUGUGCGUUUAGCUGCCUACCUAACUGGCUACCACCUGAUGGAGGUACAUUCUAGUAAUGAGAACAAGUUGCAUGAAAUCCUAAAAGAGGCUGGGAAUCGAACUAGAACAGAUGGAGGUAAUGUUAUCAUACUGGUCCAUCAAGAUAUUAAUCAGUCUGUUAGAGAUGAACUAUUGGUGGCAAUGGCUCACAGAACCUACCCAGCUGUCUACACAGAGGAGGAGCUGAAGAACCUUAUGUCUAGGGUUACUGCUGUGAAAACCUCAAGAAGAUGCCUUGUGGACAGUUUCAGAUUUAAGAAGUUCUUGAGCCACAUCCAUAGAAAUGUCCAUGUGUUCCUGUUGAUGUCCAUGUCAGACACCAGUGAGAUACCUACAAACAAUGGAUCCCAUAGUUGUAAUGAACAAAUGAUGAAGGCCCUAAACUACAGUUGCUGUGUUGAGGUGUACCAGCCAUGGUCCAGCCAGUCUUUAGAGGAAGUUGCUCUCAAAUGCCUCAAAAGCAGUCCAUACAAAAAGGAGAGAGAAGGCUUAGAAGCCAGUCUGUCUGUGGCUAUGGCAGGUAUCCAUCAAUCUGCAUGUCAGUAUGCUUCUAUCCUUCUAAGAGCCCAGCCUUUCAGCCCUCAGACUUAUAUGGAGUUCAUUGCCCACUUUGGUUACAUCUACAACGACCUCCGCAAACAAUGGCAGGGCCAAGCCUACAGAGUUACCUCUGUUCUGGACCAGUUAGAUGUCAUGAAUGCCACAGCUGUGCAGCACAUAAAAAGACUGCAGGAGAAGUUUGCCGAAACACAACAGCGUGAGAAAGAGCUCCUCAGAGCUGUAGAUGACCAGAAAAGCCUGCUUGAGGAAAUCCAGGAGGAAUGUGUUGUAAAGGAGAACAAGCUGUAUCACCUGGAAGGGCACAUCAGUCAGGCUCAGAAACUGGUGAGAUCUAUGUUCUUGGCAGGCCUCAAGGUCCUUGAGUGUCUGAAUCCAUCUGACCUGGAGGAGGUGCGCCACUACAGAGAUCCACCUGAUGGAGUGGUAAAAAUCAUGGAUGCUAUUUGUUUGAUGUUUAAUAGUCCAACAGGCUGGGAGAACGCUAAAAAGUUUCUUGGACAGCCCAACUUUGUCCAGGAGCUCAAAUUUUUUGACCGCUACACUCUGACAAGCAAACAGCUGCAGAAGCUCGCCCAGAUAGUUAACAGUCCUCAGUUUGUGCCAGAGUCUGUGCGAGAAGUGAGCAAGGCCUGUGAGUCCUUGUGUCGAUGGGUCCAGGCUACAUAUGAAUGCUGCAGGAUUCACCACCAGCUCGUGGUCGAGCAGAAAUUGGUGGUGCUGGCUGAAGAGGUGCGAGAUCAGCUACACCUGGCCAAGCAGCGCAAGGAGGAUGCAUGCCAUCAUCUAGAGGACAUUAAACUUCAGCUGCAGUUUGUACAGAAGGACCUAGAGGAGCAAAAUUUGGAGCUGCACAAAUUUGGGAUCAUGGAAGGAAACGCUACUACAGGUGAUGUCCAGUUGGAGACACUUGCCAGAGACUGGAAGGCUGCUGGUCAGGAGGCAGAGCUAUUUAACCAAAACUUACCAGGAGAUUCACUUCUCCUGGCUGCAGUCAUGGCUUAUUUAGGCCCCUUUGCACCUGAUAUACGCAGAGAACUACUGAGCAAGUGGAGAGAGUUAUGUCAGACAGGAAGCAUCAACAUAAACCCUAAGGACCCUAGAACCUCUCUGUUUACACACUCAGGCCCUGCACCUCCUUACCACCCUCUUGGUGUUCCUAUCUCUGUGUCUGAGAGGCUGCAGCAGUGGCCUCUACUGGCAGACACCCAUCAACAUCUUGAGAUAAGCUCUCAGAGCUGGCUCAUCACAGGAGAAAAAGUUUUCAAGCUUGAAGCGGAGUUUGGGAUGGUGAUUUGUGCCAGUGAUCCAGAGCUGCUGGAUAAGCUGGACCAGGCUGCUGAGAAAGGUUUGAGAGUCCUGGUAACUCAAGUGGAGCAUGCAAUCCCCAGUCCACAGUUCCUCGCCAGAUUGGCUCGCCCUGCUGGCUAUUGCCUACCGGGGUUAAAGCAGCAUGUACAGUCAACCCACCCUGAGUUUAGCCUCUUCCUCAGCACCCACCUGCCUGUCCAUCUGCUUCACAGUGAGAUCCAUCUGUCCAUCUUGGCCCAGGUUCAGAUUGUUGACCUCUCUCUGAGCUCAGAUGAGAUCCAGGAGCUGAUGCUGACAAAGCUGUUGCAGUCUGAGUGUAAAGAGCUGCUGAUUAAACACUUGCAGUGCCAAAAUGACAGGCAGCUCUUGCAGGAAAAACUGGUCACAGAGGAGGAUGCCCUGAUGGAUUACAUUCUGCAGUCUAAUCCCUCACUGCUGCAUGACUCCGAUUUUUUCCCUCAUGUUGCUGCUUCUCAAGAAGCAAUGAAGAAACUGCAGGCUGAGAUCCAGCAGCUGAGUGAGGAGCUGGAGUACCAUGAAGCUCUAGUAGCCGCUCCUCGCCAAUUAGUCAGGCUGGCUGCUGCCCUCUACCAGGCUCUGCAAGAAGUGUCCCGUCUUUCCCCUGCCUACUACUUUUCCCUAAGUGGCUUUAUCAGAGUUAUGCAAGAGGCCAUCAUUGUGAAGAGUGGGCUAUUUGUCUCACAUACCACUAAGAAAGUGCUAGGGGGUAUGGUAUCAGAGAUCACAAACAGGAUGGUAGCCCAGCUUCUGGCCCAUUACAGGCCCUGCCUCUUCAAGAGCCAUGUUGCUGUCCUGAAACUGCUGGUGUCUCUUGCCCUGCUCCAACACAGCAAUCUUUGUUCUGAGGGUGAGAGGGUGGCUUUCCUCAGGGGCCUUCAAGACACAGAGCAUCCUAUAGCUAAAGUUAAAGUCUGUCCCCUUUCUCACACUGCCUCGCAGUCCACCAAUUCUCUGCCCAGCUGGAUACCUCCUCAUACCCAUCCAGAGCUCCUCCUCUUGCAGGAGAUCCCUCCCUUCAGAGGGUUGAUUGCCUCUCUCUCCACUUCCCCAAUACAGUGGCAGGAGUACCUACACAAACCUUCCUCUACUGUGGUAGGAGCUGUUCCCUGUCGCUCUCAUGCCCAUCUGUCCCUGCUACAGCGAGCUCUACUGUGGAAGACCAUACUCCCAAACUGCCUGGAGGGACUAGCUGAGACCAUAGCCACAUGCCACCUUUGCCUGCCCAGACAGAAUGCGGGGUCUGACAUCCCUCACACUGGGAACCCCGAAGCCCUCUCUCAGUACCUUGUCAAACAUGAGGGACCCAUCAUUCUUGCGCUGCGAAGUCCAAGUGGAGAAAGAUGGACAAGCAUUCAGCCUCUUCACUUAAUCAACACAUUGGCCCACUGUGUAGCAAAGACAAAGAAGGUUCAGGUGAAAGUCAUUUCUUUUGGGGCUCUGUGUGACAGAGAUGUUAUUCUCUCAUCACUGGACAAAGCAGUUAGUGAUGGUCACUGGUUGGUUUUUAAUAACUGUCACCUUUUGGAUCAAUGGGAUAAUAAAGUUGUGGCUCACCUCAGUCACUUGAUCUCCCCUUUAAAAGAUGAGCGACAUCCGGUUCACCCAUGCUUCCGACUGUGGUUUAUAACUCAAGAAUAUGAGUCAUGCUCCAUUCCAGUGGCAUUGCGAAUGUGUGCCCUACCUUUGGCCUGUGACUCUCCCUUGGAUCUUAAGGAGGAGCUGAGCUGCUCCUUGCAACAGGUCAUUUCCAUCAUGCAGUCACAGUCAGAUGUCACAGCAGACAACAUGGAGCUCCUCCUCUGCUGUGCCAUCUUCCACUCUGUCUUGUUACAGAGACAGACCUAUAAAUACUUAGGCCAGGGAAGAAUCUACAACUGGAGUCAGGAAGACCUGCUGGCUUUGGUGGAUGCACUCAGUUGGGUUGCCAGUCUCUGCCAUGGCAAGACUGAGGUUUUGCAGUAUAUAGCAGUCAAUCUAGUGCACGGUGGCCAUGUACUUGACUCUGCAGAUUUGGAAGCAGUGGAGAGUGUUGCCAAGUCCUGCCUCAGCAGAGUGUCACCUCUCUGGGACAGUGGACCACACAUCCUCUCAGAGGUUAUCAGCAAUCCUGGCCACUUUGAUUUGUCAGGGCUACUGCAGAGUUUGUGGCAGUGUCUUCAGGAUUCAGAAAACAUCAACGACACCCUCGUGCUGGGCUUUAGUGCUGAUGUGGCAGCUGAGAUGAUCAAGGUCAAUAGUCACAAUUUGAACGUACUACUGCAGGCCUCCCAGACUCCUCUAGGAGGAAUGAGGAGUUUCUACACCCAGCUAAACCAGCCCGCCACAGUGCCGACCUAUAGCCACGCUAGAGACAGACUGCAGGCUCUGAAGAGUUACCUCAAAAGCAAGAAUGACAGCAGCAUUAGAAAUGCAGGACCUGUUCCUCACAGUCCCAUUCGUGACUUCCUCCAGGCUGAGUGGGAUGAUCUUAUUGAUUUGGUGUCCUUGCUCCUCUCACAGCUCCAAAAGCCCAUUCAACACAACUUGCUGACUUUUGCUUCUCUCCUCAAACUCACUAACUUGUCUCACUUGGAAAAGAGGGCAGAGUUGCUUUGUGCCUAUCUCUGGCACCACGGCAUUUCAGAUCCACCUGGUACCUACCGACUGUCUGCUUUCAAAAAUGCCAGAGGCUUUCUGGUGGCAGUGAUCAGAGAGGCUGCUCAAGUAAAUCGCAGAUAUAUCAGUGAUAUACAACUGCAUUUUCAGGUUCUGAGCGAUAACACAUACCCAGCCACACUUCCCCUGGACACUGUGUAUUUAUGUGGCCUGGAACUGAGAGGGGCAUCAUGGGAUACACAGCUAGGAGCCCUACAGGACACAGCUUUUCCCCAACCAUGCUCAAUGCCUCUUGUUUGUGUCAAGGCUCAAGUCAGGAACACAAAUAGUGUCCAAGAUUCCUUCGCUUCUACAAGUUCAUAUUUAAUGGACACAAGCAAUGUUCAAGUCUCAGAUGCUUCUGCAGUGGCUGCCCCUCAGUUACCAGUCUAUCACUGCCCACUCUAUCAAGAUGAAGAGAGAGUGACAGGAGACUGGGGGCUGGCUGAUGUUAAUAUGAUCACUAAGGUCCCCCUUCAUACCAGGUUGAGUCCUGUGUUGUGUAGUUUAAGAAGGGUGAGGUUAGUGAGUAUGCUCUGAAUAGCUCAUCUGACCAGCUUGGUUUUAUCUGCUGUGGUGCACCAGACUGAUGCCAUAAUACAGUGAUGCAGUUAUGAUGCUUUCUGCCUUCUACAUAAUCAACCCUGUAUUAAUAGAAAGCCAAUACUAUGAAAGCACAUGUACGAUCUUGUCAUUAAGCCAACUGCAGUUACUGUAUAAUGUCUGUUUACAUGUUAUGUUUUGUACUGCUUUGAAUUUCGUUUUUCAUUAAAGCACAUUGUCUUAUUGGUGAUUUAUAGUAACUUGUAUGCUGUGUAUACAGCUGAGAUG